GGAGAGCGGAAGCUGCAACUGCAAAGUUGUAUUUUACACGAACUCUUAGCAAUUUGAAUAUUUUUUAUAAAAAGUCGUAUUUACUGUAAUCGAGAAGACAGGUGUAAUUUGGGGUUAUAAAAAAAUCGUUUUAGAACUAAUUGGACACUGAUAUUUGUGUUUCUUUUGUUGGGGAAUUUCUUAUUUUUUUAAAAGAUGCACAUCAAAUCAAUUAUAAUCGAGGGGUUCAAAUCUUACGCCCAGAGGACUGAGAUCAACGGGUUUGAUCCGCUUUUCAACGCCAUCACCGGAUUAAAUGGCAGCGGCAAGUCCAACAUCCUUGAUUCGAUUUGUUUUCUACUGGGAAUAUCCAACCUGACUCAGGUGCGUGCCUCUAAUCUCCAGGAUUUGGUGUACAAAAAUGGUCAAGCAGGGAUUACCAAAGCGACUGUUUCCAUUACCUUUGACAAUUCUGACAAGAAGCAGAGUCCACUGGGGUUUGAGGCCCAUGAUGAAAUCACUGUCACCAGACAGGUUGUUAUCGGUGGUAGAAACAAGUACCUCAUCAAUGGGGUAAAUGCGAACAAUACCCGUGUGCAGGAUCUGUUCUGUUCAGUUGGGCUCAAUGUAAACAAUCCCCACUUCCUUAUAAUGCAGGGGAGAAUUACAAAGGUCCUUAACAUGAAGCCUCCAGAGAUUCUAGCAAUGAUUGAAGAAGCAGCUGGGACCAGGAUGUAUGAAUGCAAGAAAACUGCUGCACAUAAAACCAUUGAGAAGAAGGAGGCCAAGCUGAAGGAAAUUCAGACGAUCUUAGAAGAAGAGAUCACACCAACCCUGCAUAAACUGAAGGAGGAACGAUCCUCGUAUUUGGAGUAUCAGAAGGUAAUGAGGGAGAUAGAGCACCUUAGCCGUCUGUAUGUAGCCUACCUGUUUGUGUGUGCUGAGGAAACCAAGGUUAAAUCAGCUGAAGACCUAAAGGAGAUGCAGGACUCUAUUGGCAAACUGCAGCAGAACAUGGCAGAGAAUGAGAGGAAAGUGAAGGAGCUCUCCCAGGAAAUAGCAGAGCUGGAGAAAAAGAGGGAUAAGGAUGUGGGUGGAGUCCUGCGGUCCCUGGAGGACACCCUUUCAGAGGUCCAGCGAGUUGACACCAAAGCACAGAGCGCCCUCGACCUGAAGAAGCAGAACCUGAAAGGGGAAGAAAAGAAGCGGAAAGAGUUGGUCAACAGCAUGGGAGAGGAUCAAAAAGCCCUAGCUGCGAAGGAGAAGGAAGUGAAGAAGAUUACUGGUGGACUGAGUGCCAUGCAAGAGGCAAGUCAGCAAGAUGCUGAUGCCCUGACUGCAGCCCAGCAGCACUUCAAUGCGGUGUCAGCAGGGCUGUCUAGCAACGAGGAUGGGGAAGAGGCCACUCUGGCAGGGCAGAUGAUGACCUGUAAAAAUGACAUAAGCAAAGCUGAGACUGAGGCCAAACAGGCCCAGAUGAAGCUGAAGCACGCUCAGCAAGAGUUGAAGACCAAGCAGGCUGAAGUUAAAAAGAUGGAUAACGGAUACAAAAAGGACCAAGAUGCUUUUGAAGCUGUGAAGAAGUGCAAAGAGAAACUGGAUACUGAAAUGAAAAAGCUGAACUAUGAAGAUGGAAUGGAGGAGAAUCUGAUAGAGAAACGAAAGCAGCUUUCACGUGGUGUCAACCAAUUGAGAGAGGAGUAUGAGUCUCUUAUGGCCAGAUUCCCAAACUUAAGAUUUGAAUACAUAAAUCCUGAGAAGAACUGGGAUGAAAGACGUGUAAAGGGACUUGUUGCAAAUCUAAUUGCAGUAAAAGACAUCUCCACCUCCACUGCCCUAGAAGUAGUGGCAGGAGGGCGUCUCUAUAAUGUGGUUGUGGACACUGAGGUGACUGGUAAGAAGCUAUUGGAGAAAGGUGAACUAAAACGGCGAUACACUAUUAUCCCUUUGAACAAAAUUUCUGCCUUCUGUAUUAAUGAUAACACUGUAAAGACAGCCAAGAGCCUGGUUGGCGCUGAUAAUGUACACACUGCCCUGUCCUUGGUUGGAUAUGAAUCAGAACUUCAUAAAGCCAUGCAAUAUGUUUUUGGAUCCACUCUGGUGUGUGAUUGCCUUGAUAAUGCCAAAAAAGUGACCUUCGACAAGAGGGUCAUGACAAAAACUGUCACACUUGGGGGAGACUCCUUUGACCCCCAGGGAACUCUGAGUGGAGGUGCCCGCACCCAGACUGCUUCAGUUCUGUCUAAACUACAGGAGCUGAAGGAUGUCCAGGAUAACCUGAGGACUAAAGAAGCUGAGCUGCAGGCUGUGGAGAAGCAACUGAGCAACCUGAAGGGAAUUGCAGAGAAGUACAGACAGCUUAAACAACAGUUGGACAUGAAAACUGAAGAGGCAGACAUUUUGCAGACCAAACUUCAGCAGAGCUCCUACCACAAACAGCAAGAGGAACUAGAUGCACUCAACAAGACUAUCGAGGAAAGUGAAGAGGUCCUUAAGAAAACCAAGGAGGUGCAGAAGAAAGCCGAGGAGAAAUACAAAGUGCUGGAAAACAAAAUGAAAAAUGCUGAGGCAGAGCGUGAGAAGGAGCUCAAAGAGGCUCAGCAGAAACUGAAUGCAGCUAAAAAGAAGGCAGAUGUCUCUAAUAAAAAGAUGAAGGAAAAGCAGCAGGAAGCUGAUGCCUUGGUUCUGGAACUGGAGGAACUGAAGAGGGAGCAGGCUGCCUACGAGCAACAGAUCGAGGCUGUGGAUGAAGCUGUGAAAUCCAUUCAGCAGCAGAUUGACAGUAUGGUUUCUGAAGUUUCCAAAAAUAAGGAAGCCGUCAAGAAGGCCCAAGAGGAUCUUGCCAAACAGAAAGAAAUAAUCCUGACACAAGACAAGGAAAUCAAAAGCAAAUUGUCUGAGGCAUCGAAACUCGGAGAAGAGAACAAUGAUGCUCAACUUAAAAUAAAAGAGCUGGAGCAUAACAUCAACAAGCAUAAAAAGGAUAGUGCUGAUGCAGCGGCUAGGGUGGCAAAGAUGCUUGAUGAGUAUGAGUGGAUUGCUACAGAAAAGCAUCUCUUUGGACAGCCCAACACAGCCUAUGACUUUAAAACCAACAACCCCAAGGAAGCUGGCCAGCGACUUAAAAAAUUACAAGAGACUAAGGAGAAGCUGGGAAGAAACGUCAAUAUGAGGGCAAUGAACAUGCUCAGUCAGGCUGAAGAGAGGUACAAUGACCUGAUGAAGAAGAAAAGAAUUGUUGAGAAUGAUAAAUCCAAAAUCCUUACAACUAUUGAAGAGCUGGACCAAAAGAAAAAUGAGGCUCUUAACAUUGCAUGGCAAAAGGUGAACAAAGACUUUGGCUCCAUCUUCUCCACCUUGCUGCCAGGAGCAGAUGCAAGACUGGCUCCACCUGAAGGUAAAAGUGUCCUUGAUGGCUUGGAAUUCAAAGUUGCUCUUGGAAACACCUGGAAAGAAAAUCUAACUGAACUUAGUGGGGGUCAAAGGUCUCUGGUAGCCUUGUCUCUGAUCUUGGCCAUGCUCCUCUUUAAGCCGGCCCCAAUCUACAUUCUAGAUGAGGUGGAUGCUGCUCUGGACCUCUCUCACACACAGAACAUUGGCCAGAUGCUGCGGACGCACUUCCGACACUCACAGUUCAUAGUGGUGUCUCUCAAGGAUGGCAUGUUCAACAAUGCCAAUGUUCUGUUCAAGACCAAAUUCGUGGAUGGAGUGUCUACGGUGGCAAGGUUUGCUCAGAGCCAGAACGGGGUCAGCAAGGCUGGGCAGAGCAGACCAGACAAAACAAAAUCAAAAGACAAGCACAGACAGCACACAGAGAACUGAACUGGCUUCAUUGACCUACAAACUCUUGCAUGUAUCCUGAACAUGUCCUUAUCUUUGUAGAUUAACUGCCUUUGUUAUACACCAAAAACCUUUGCAUUAGGGGUGUGCAGGACUUCAGUCUUACGACUUUGAAGCAGAUCUGUUAGACUGUUUGUUUGUUUUUUACCAUUCUUGUCUAAUCUAAAAACAUUGGACUAUUGGUCCUAAGUAUAAAGGGAUUAAUGCAAAGAUCCCUAGAAGUGUAUCUGAUGUUUUUUUGUUGUUUUGACAUAGUCUCCGAUGCAUUUUACCUUUUAAUCCAUGCUUCUCAUGUCCAUUUCUUUAUAUGAUACUCUCCAUUUUGUUUUCUUUUCUCUUGUUUUCAGUAAAACUU